AGUGUGAAAUAAAUAGUUAGGGUGUACGGUGUAUAAUACAAUAAAUUUAGAUUCAGAUCAAAAUAAAUAAGUAGAAAACAUUGUGAUUUCUAAUGUUGAGAUUGUUGGUGCUUGUUGCGGCGCUGACUUUCACGUGCGCGCACAAGGGUCAUAAUCAUCAUGGACAGAGCGGCAGUACGGAAACGUCCCCAUCUAAAGAUCCAGUUACAGUAACCCCAUCAGGCCGCAUUCGAGGGUCUUGGUUGCAGACACGGCGCGGAAGACGCGUGCAGGCGUACCGCGGUAUUCGGUAUGGCGCCCCGCCCACCGGUGAACUUCGAUUCCAGCCACCAAAGCCGAUACUACAGUAUACAUCAGAAGUGGACGCGAGGACGGAGGGCCCUGCGUGUCCUCAACCAGUGAUUGAUCCUGAUUACUAUGUAGAUGAGGAUUGUCUGAGGUUGAAUGUAUAUGCACCUGAGAAGAAACCAACGAAGCCGUUGCCUGUAUUGGUAUAUAUCCACUCGGGUGGGUUCUACUCAGCCUCUGGUCGCAGCGAUAUCGCGGGUCCUGAUUAUUUACUCGACAGAGACCUCAUUCUUGUGACCAUUAAUUAUCGACUCGCAUCCCUCGGUUUCAUAAGCACCGGUGAUAAACAUGCCCCUGGCAACAAUGGCUUUAAAGACCAAGUGGUGGCAUUGAAAUGGAUACAGCGCAAUAUUGCUGCUUUCGGUGGAGACCCCAACCUCGUCACCAUUAGUGGCUGCAGCGCUGGCGGAGUUAGCGUCAUGCUGCAUAUGGUCUCGCCGAUGUCUAAAGGUCUAUUUCAUCGAGCGGUAUCCAUUAGUGGAUCUCCAAUCUCUCAAGUGGCCAUCCGGCUGCAUCAGAAGGAGCUAGCAGUAAAGCAAGCUCAGUUAUUGGGUUGUCCCAUCGAUAGUUCUGAAGCUAUAAUCUCCUGUCUCAAAACAAAGCCUUGGAGGGAUAUCGGCAAUUCACUCGACAACAUGUUUACAUUCGGCUAUGAUCCAGUGCUUCUUUGGGCGCCGAUCGUCGAGCCUGAUGUAGGGCAGGAGAGAUUCCUCACAGAAAACCCCUUGGAGUCGGUACAGAAAGGCAGAAUGCACCCUGUACCCUAUAUCAUCGGUCAAACUACAAAAGAAUUCUUCUGGAAGGCUUUCUCGAUUCUGGGAAAUGAAAAUUACACAAACAUAAUGAACUCAGAAUGGGAAAGAAUUGCUCCUGUGUCUUUUCUGCUGCCACCUGAGAAGUCCAAGGAAUCAGCGAAUCGUUUAAAACAAGCCUAUUUGGGAGGAAAACCUUUGAGGAACGAUUCGGUAACAGCUGACGGUCUUGGCAAAUUGUAUGGUGACUCAGUUAUCGGAUUUGGAGUUCACAGACUAGCAAAUCUCAUGAGCCACCGAUCACCUCACAAGGUUUUCUACUAUGAGUUCGCGUACAUCGGCAAUCAUAGCCACUAUGAGGACCCUGUUACUGGAAAGCCAGUAGGAGCGGCUCACCACGAUGAUUUAAUCUAUUUAUUUGGACUCACUGCGAGUUUUCCUAUCAUCCCUCUUGGAGAUACUCUGGAUUCCGCUACUGUUGACCUCAUGACCGGCAUCAUGUACAAUUUCGCAAAAAAUGGUGACCCCAAUCCUUUGGAAGGCGGUGGCCCCGUUUGGCCAGCCAUGAUUCCUCAGCGACGCCAGUUCCUGCGAGUGUCAUCCCCUCCUACCGUACACGAGAAUAUGUUCGAAGAUCGUUUCCGGGUUUGGGACGAACUCUAUCCUUUGCAGUAUUGAUGAUGGAGUUUUGAAGAAGUUAGUAAAACUCGAAGAUCAUGAAUACAAAAAUUUGGACCAAUAAAAAGCUU